AAUUUUUUUCACCUUGAGUCUGUGCUUGCUUUCCAAACACUGGCAUUUCGAAACUUCCGAUCAGGCUAAUGACAGUUAGCUGCCUAUUUUGUCUUAGACUGGUUUACAGAGCACACACGAGGUUUCGGUUUUGUUGCUUCACUCCCAUAACUCAUGUAAGUAGUAUUUUUGGACUGUGGCGCUGAGGAAACAUUCAACGCUGAGCAAUCACAGACUCCAGUAUUCCCGAUACUUGGUAGCGCUAUAUCUAAAAUCAUUUUUAGAUUUGACUGGUAAAAUACCUGAGGUACAACCGAAUAUCAACAUCUCGGAAUUUUUCCCCACCUAUCAGGAAUGCGAUAGAAGUCUGUUUAAGUUGCAGUGGAGCUGGAGGCUAUCCUGGCAAGCAACGCACCACGUGUGAGAGUGACAAUGUCUGGUGUAUUGUUAGUGGUGCUUUUGGUAUUUACCAUAGUGUGUAAAGGUUACGAUGAAGCUUGCACAGUUCACCCUAAAGAUCCAGUUAUUAAGAUGGGGUCCGAUAUCCAGAUUUUCUUCACAGCCCCCCUCAGGAGUCCGUGCAGGAAUAUUUCUUCUUUUAACCCUGAUCAGCUGUUCUGGAAACUAAAUGAUGAACGGAUUCCUGAAGACCAGUAUUCUGCCAUCAAUUCAACUGUUUUUGCUGUUCACAUUAGGAAUUUUACACGCCGGUCUGGGUUUGUUAUGUGUUAUAUGAAUGUCGAUGGAAGGGACACAGUUUUUGGAGGAACACACAUAAAAGCAGGAUUGCCCCCGCAAAAACCCACAAAUAUUUCCUGUGUUUUAUUUUUCUCCACGGCUUUUACUUGUUACUGGGACGUUGGAAGAAAUACCUUCUUAUAUACAACUUACACACUUAUCAGAGAAGUACUCAAUGAAAAUGAAACAUGCCAGAGCAAAACAAAUGAAUGCACUUUUGGAGAUGGCAAUGUGUAUCAUUUUGAUGUCCAUACAGUUGUCAUUAAAGCAGAAAAUGUCUUGGGCAAAGUCUACUCAGAAAAACAGCAUUUGGAUCCCAUGACAGUAGUGAAGACCAGCCCCCCUGAAGGUGUUGUAAUAACUCCUAUGUUGAAGAAAGUUAUAAGAGUAAAGUGGAAAACUGCACAUGAACUACGAGGUCAUUCUUACCUGACAUUAAUCUGUCAAGUAAAGAGCCAAGAAAGUGACUCUAACACAACGGUUAUUCAUACUGUCACAAAUGGUUGGACAGAAAUGCUUGAUAUACAAGAUGUGAAGCUCUGUACCAGCUACAUUGUUUCAGUUCAGUGUUCAUUAAAUGGUUCAAUUUAUUGGAGUGACUGGAGUAAGGAAUCAACUGCACUUUCCUUGAUGGACGUGGAAUUUGUACAGCUACACCUCUGGAGAAAAAUUAAGGCUCCAACUUCAGAGGGAGACAGAGCCGUUUUGCUAAUGUGGAAGGGACUCCAGCCUUCAGAUGGCUGUGAUCUGGUGCAAGGAUACAAACUUACCAUUGAGGAAAUGAAUGGCCAAGUGGAAACCAUUACUUUCAGUUUAUCUAACAUGAGAACAUUGAGGAAUGUCAGUAAGAAAGCUCAUGAACUACGAAUUGUUGCUUAUAGCAGUAAUAGCACAACUUCUGAAGCUGCAGUUACAAUUCCUGCUCUGGGAGAAGCUCUUCCACCAGUUGUAGGAGUACAAGCAUAUCCCCACAGUGGUCAGAUAUUUGUGAGCUGGAAUUCUUCUGACAUCCCAGUGAAUAAAUAUGUGAUUGACUGGUCUGUUGAUUGGAGUAAUUAUGAUUGGGAAGAAACAAAAGCUACAAAUAUUUCAAUUAAAGAUAAACUUGAGCGUUUCAGGCUUUACAGUAUAGCAGUUACCCCAAUUUAUGAUGAAGGACCAGGACAAGAAGCCAUCAUACAUACAUAUCUAGAAGAAGGAGAGCCGGGAAAAAUCCCUCUAGUUAAAGCAUUAGAUAUAAAAGCAACUGAAGCAGCCAUAAAGUGGACUGAGGUUCCAGAGAAUGAACGUCGCGGUUUCAUUAGGAACUACACAGUGUUCUACAGGAAGGAAGAAGGCCCAGAACUUUCAAUCACAGUUAGCAGCGACAUUCUAGAACACCACCUGAGUCACCUGGAGCCCAACACCAAGUACACCUUGCAUGUUAUGGCCAGCACUAAUGCGGGUGGAUCCAACAGCAGCACGGUUGUCUUUAGAACACUCAAGUAUGAUUCAUCUUUCAUUAAAGCAAUAUCUGUUAUUGGUGGAUUAGGCAUUCUCCUAAUGGUUGCCAUGGGGAUUUCUUGCUUUAUUUUGGUAAGAAAAAUCCUCUUUCCUGAAGUGCCAAGUCCUAGAAUUAGCAGCAUUGGUGUCUGGCCUCUUGAAUGUUCUCCCAAGGACCAUUUGAGCAACGAGCCAGAAAAUGUUGAGAAUAAGUUUCAUGUCAUUGAACGCAUCACCUGCAAUGGGAAUUCUGAACCAACUGGAAAAAUGAUAGUCCAUCCACCUGACAUUGACCUCAGCAGCGAUGAAGAUGAAGCAGUCAUUUCGGAAGACAGUGUGUCAAAAAGGAGUGAGUCAGGGUCUCCUGAGAACAGGGAAGAAGUGAGGAGUAUUGACAGCACUCCAGGAAGUGAAGCAGCCGAAGACACUCCAUUAAUCAACCCUUAUCUGAAGAAUGCCUCCAAAACAAGGGAAUUUUUAGGCAAUUCUCAGAAUUCAAAAGAACAAACACCUUGUAAACCAGAGCAAAACAAUAAUGGACAGGCUUAUGUUACUGUUGACAUGUUUUCAGAGAAUGUGGACAAUAAAAGAAUAUAUUAAUUGCAAUUAAACAAAAUCAGUGAAAUUGGACAUUAAGAUGGUGCAUAUUAAUAACUUUUAAACAUGGCAUUGUUUACAAAUGGUACAGAUGGACAUUCCAGGAUAGUUUCUCAUUUUCAAUUCUCAAGUGAAAGCUAGUGGUUGUUUAUUUUUCAUCGCUCUAUUAAAAAUGUGAUUCAGUUCUGAUUUAUUUAUAUUGUAUUAUGAGCAUUAAAAACUGUUGUUACUGUUCUGUGUGCCUGAUAUAAGGGGCAGGAUGAAAUAUACAUAGGAGAGAGAGGAUGACUUCAUCUACAGCGUAGAAAAGUUUGUUUGAUUUUAAAACAGGUUAUUUCUGUGAAACUGUAGGUGGCAAAGUUCUUAAGAAGCUUUGGUUUAAAAUGUGUUUCCAAAGAAAUUACAAAAACUUGAUAUUCACUGUUUUCUCCAUUUUGCAAAUUAGUGAACUAAUUGAGAUAAAGUAGUUUGCAUACAUAAUCAUAAACUUAAUAUGGGUGAUAAGUACAAUAUGCCAGCAGCCAUAUCACCCUGCAACUCACAACUGGCAACCCACUGAAGCUAAGCAGGUGUGAGCCUGGUCAG